AUGUGCGGAUUAACGGCCUUUUUGACUGUUGGGGGAACACCUGGUUGUGUUCAGUGUGCCAAUAAUGCCCCCAGCCUAGAGAAACAGCUAGAGGAAAGCUUAGACUUGGUCAAACAUCGAGGUCCAGAUGCGCGUGGUCGUUGGUUCAGCCCUGACCACCGGGUCGGUCUGGGACAUGUCCGACUCUCGAUCAUCGACUUGAGUCCUGCAGGAAACCAACCGUUCCACGACAACGAGGGCGCUAUUCACGCUGUCGUCAAUGGCGAGCUCUAUGACCACGAGCAGUAUCGAACAGAGCUGGCCCAGGAGUACGACUUCAAAAGUAACAGCGACUGUGAAAUCGUCAUUGCGCUCUACCGACAUUAUGGAAUAUCCUUUCUCAAUAAAUUGAGAGGCGAGUUUGCUCUUGUCCUCUAUGACGCGAAUCGCAAGCUGUUCUUGACGGCCCGUGAUCGAUAUGGUAUCAAGUCACUGUACUGGACCAUGGUCGGAAAUCGGCUUUUGGUCGCUACAGAAAUGAAGUCUUUCCUCCCUUUUGGCUGGAAGCCAGAGUGGGAUGUCGUAGGUAUCAGGGAAGGCGCCUGGCUAAACGGCUCGCAGAUGUUCUUCAAAGGGGUGCAACGACUUGCCCCUGGGCAGUACAUGGUCAGUCGGAACUCCAUGCCCCCUGAGGUGGGAACGUACUGGGAUACCGAUUAUCCAGAUAAAAAAACAGUCUACGCGCAUUCUGAGGAAGAGGUAAUAGAUCGAGUGAGGGAGCUUAUGCUCGAUGCUGUCCGAAUCCGACUGCGUGCUGAUGUGGGCCUGGGGAUCUAUUUGAGUGGAGGUCUAGACUCGUCCGCCAUAGCGGGUAUGGCCGUGAAGCUUGUCCAGGAAGGAACCAAGCUCGGGAACGACACAAGCGGUGAGCGUUCAAAAAUAGACUGCUUCACGGUCCAAUUUGAAAAAGAUAGUGGGUACGACGAGUCAGAUAUCGCGCGACGAACCGCUGAGUGGUUAGGCGUCGGAUAUCACCCCGUAUACUUGAACGAGGAGGCCAUUGCCGCCAGACUCGAGGAUACAGUCUGGUACAGUGAAACCCCAGCCGCCAAUGUCAAUGGAAUGGGACGACUGGCAGUAGCUGAGGCUGCCCAUGCCAUGGGGAAAAAAGUCAUUCUCACCGGCGAGGGCUCCGAUGAGCACUUCUCGGGCUAUUCUGACUUGCUACCCAACUUCCUUCUAGAGCCGGAUCCUUCGUGGCCGCAGUCUCUCGCUAAACAGAGUGACUUCGCAGAAGCUUGGAAAGUCAUGGAGGAGAGAAAUCAAAUACUCUCGAUAGGUAUGGAUGAUGUGGCUGCUCCAACAAAACGUAUGCUUAACAAUACCACGUUAUGCGCCCGGUUAAGCAUGAUCACCAAUUUGCCCUACGCAUCUUGGACAGACCAGCUUGCGCUGAGGACUCCAGCUGCAGCAUUUGCGGAGAACUUCGGUGUCCAGGUCCUUCACAAGAUGAUGGAGAAGUGGCAUCCUCUUCAUUCGACACAGUAUCAAUGGAUGAAAUCUGUGCUCGCGAACUAUAUCCUCCGCUAUAUCGGUGAUAAUAUUGACAUGGUCCACCAGAUUGAGACGCGACCGCCCUUCCUUGACCAUCACGUCACAGAAUAUGCGAAUAAUAUUCCCCCAAGCCUCAAAAUCAAAUAUGACUCUGAGAGCAAAACUUUUCGCGAGAAGAAUGUCCUGCGUGAGGCUAUGAAGCCAUUUGUUACGGAGGAAAUCUAUAACCGUACAAAGCACCCAUUUGUCGGACCAGUGAAAUACCAAGAAGAUGGCCCCGUGCACAAGAGCUUAAAACGACUAUUGACAGAAGAAAAUGUCAACAAGCUGGGAUUUCUCGACAAUGAUCGGGUGCAGAGCGAUCUCCUGAAGGCAUUUCGCGACAAGGAUGGUGUGUGCUUCCAGAGAGCAUUCACUGUGGCUCAGUACGUUGUCCUUGGACAAAGAUUUGGGGUCAAGAAGGCCCAGGAUCCUGGAUGCAGCAAGACAUCCUCUAGGCUGCUGGUAUGA